CCGCGGCCCCAGAGAGUCUCUUUCUGCCCCUGCAAAGGUUGAGAAUGUUGCAACCCUCCCCGUUUUGAUGAUGUUGAGGAGCCAUAAUCUGAAUAAUCCCAGAGUGGGCGUGUGCGCCAGCUCUGGUGUGUGUUCACAGAUGCUGAGAGACAUCACACCGUGACGGAGACCAUGACGGGGUCCGAGUGCGGAGGAGGAUGAUGUUCCUGCAGGGAUUCACCUGUGGAUGGACGCCGUCAGGAUGCCUUACCUGAACAGAACUCUUCUCCUCCUCCUCUUCCUGCUGCUGUUCCUGCUGCUGGGUCAGAUCCGAACCGCGGAGGCGCGCAAACACGGACAGCGAGUGCGCAGAUGGACGGGAACCGAAGAGACCCAGAAGCACGGCGCCUCUCUGCCAAAGAAACCUCCAGAUGUGACCAAGUCCAGAAAAACCAAGACGGAGCAUCUUCUCAAAGUAGAUGAUCAUGACUUCACCAUGAGGCCAGCAUUUGGAGGUCCUCCAAUCCCUGUUGGUGUGGACGUUCAGGUGGAGAGCUUAGACAGCAUCUCGGAGGUUGACAUGGACUUCACCAUGACACUGUACCUCAGACACUACUGGAAGGACGAGCGUCUGUCGUUCUCCAGCAGCACCAACAAAAGCAUGACCUUUGAUGGCCGCCUGGUGAAGAAGAUCUGGGUCCCUGACGUCUUCUUCGUCCACUCCAAGAGGUCCUUCAUCCACGAUACAACAACGGACAACAUUAUGCUUCGUGUCUUUCCUGACGGACAUGUCCUCUAUAGUCUAAGAGUGACGGUGACGGCGGCCUGCAACAUGGACUUCAGCCGGUUCCCGCUGGACUCUCAGACCUGCUCGCUGGAACUGGAGAGCUACGCGUACACGGACGAGGACCUGAUGCUUUACUGGAAGAGCGGGGAUGAGUCUCUGAGCACCGAUGACAGGAUCUCUUUGUCUCAGUUCCUCAUCCAGAAGUUCCACACCACGUCCCGUCUGGCCUUCUACAGCAGCACGGGCUGGUACAACCGUCUCUACAUCAACUUCACGCUGCGGCGCCACAUCUUCUUUUUCCUUCUGCAAACAUAUUUCCCCGCCACGCUAAUGGUGAUGCUGUCCUGGGUUUCAUUCUGGAUCGACAGACGGGCUGUGCCAGCUAGAGUCUCGUUAGGUAUCACCACGGUGCUGACCAUGUCCACCAUCAUCACCGGGGUCAACGCCUCCAUGCCACGAGUGUCCUACAUUAAAGCCGUGGACAUCUACCUGUGGGUCAGCUUCGUCUUUGUCUUCCUCUCCGUGCUGGAGUACGCCGCCGUCAACUACCUGUCCACCGUCCAGGACCGCCGCGAGCGCAAGAUGAGGGAGAGGGCCCGCUCUCAGUCAUUACCAUGCACCUGCAGCAUCUCCCAAACACAGACCAUGACCAUGAUGGAUGGCACCUACAGUGAGGCGGACACCAACAGCCUGGCUGGUUACACCGAGGAGCCCAUGGUUCCCGAGGACGAGCCCGAGGAGAAGCAGAAGGCGCCAGAGAAGUCAGAGCACAUGGUGGUCCACCUGUCCAUGAGCAGCGAGUCUGCCGGCAUCAAGAAGAGGAAGAGUCUGCGCGCCCUAAACAUCAUUCAGAAUACACAUGCCAUUGAUAAAUAUUCCCGGAUGAUUUUCCCCGGAUCAUACAUCUUCUUCAACCUCAUCUACUGGUCGGUUUACUGCUGAUUGGCAGCUGGGUAUCAGGGUGAGGCGGACAGGGUGGAAACCAACCGUUGUGAUGAACCUGAGGAGGAUGAGGAGUCCUUCAACAGUUAAUGUUAGUGUGAGCAUCUUACAUGAAACACAAGGAAUCCAGCAGUACCUGAGGAGAUUCAAAGGUUCUGAAAUGAUCUCUAGAGUUCUGCUUCCAGGUUUAAUUUUUCUCCUACAGAAGCUUGAAUGUUCAUAAAUAAUCUACAGUUAAAGCAAGGAAACCCAUAAGCGGUGUCUGAUGUUACCUCUUAUGGUCAAUUAUGAAUGUUUGGGUUCAGAAGUUUUAAACCAGUACAGCUACAAUCUGAACCUGAAAUUUAAUUUACAGGAAAAAAAAAAAACAUAUCAGGUCAGAACAAAGAAAAUUAACUGGUUAUAUUCAAAUUCCAAGUUUUAAUUCAACUGAAUGUAAUACACUCAGAUUAAGUUUGUGGGCUUUGGUUUCCGUGAACAUGUUGUGUUCAACAGAUGUCAUCUCAGGAAAUUUAAACAUCUUAGUCUAAUUACUUGUUAAAAAAAUCAGAUAUGAAGCAGCAGGUACAGAGCACCUGGUGAAGUUUGUCAUGGUAACAUGUUUAUUCUGAUGGAAGUGAUGGAGAUGUUGUUUUUUGUUAGUUCCCCACAGCUGAUGGUAUUUAUAACAGAAGAUAUUUAACUAAAAACAGAACUUGACAUUUAAUGACAUUUAACCCUGAAGAGAUUUUCACACGUCAUUAGAUGUAAUGGGCCAUUAAGGAAACAGAUGCAGUAACAAGUUUAAUAUGUUUCUAAAUAAAUGUUUUCACAGAUUGCAAAUAUUUGCAGCAAUCAUGACGUUUUGCUGCUUGUGUAAAAGCUCAACUCUCAUCUUUAUAACUGGAGAACAUGCCAGCCAAUCAUCACGCAGGUGUGCAUGAAGCCUGAGCACUGAAACCAGCUCACAGAAAGGCUUGGGUUCAGAUGAGGUUCAGUAAAACCUGACCUGGUCCACAACCCUCUGGUGGCUGCAGCAGACUUGUUUCUGAAAAGAUGUCUCUUUCAAACCUGACAAAACAUUAUUGUGUUUAUUUAAUAAAAUACAGUUGGCCUGAUUUACUCAACUGAAACUCUGUGUAUUAUAAAAUAACAAACUUUGUAUUUGUAUAGAUUAAAGAUUAAUUGUGAGCGUGUUUUGAAAGUUUGUAUUUGAUCAGAAAUGACUGUUAAUGAAAUGAUGGCAGCACAAACAAAGAGAGCACGAGGAGCUUCUUGAUGAGAAGAAGAUAAUGUUUUAUCUCUGACAUCUGCAGCUCUGCCUCCAUCUGCAGAGACUGCACAUCUGUAUCUGUUUGUGCAUCUGUCUAACUCUGGACCUGUCUGCAGAAGCUGCACGUUUCUGCAGCUUCAAAUCAGUCUACAAUUCAACAUCUAUCGCAGUUCUACACCCAUCUGCAGCUUCACCUCCGUCUGCAGAUGCUGCAGAUCUGUCAUCAUCUGUUUGCUGCUGCACGUGUUACUGCAUCUGUCUGCGGGUUUGCACCUGUCUGCAGCAGCUGCGGAUAUUACUUUGGCUACACAUCUGGUUGCAUCUGUCAACAAUACACCUCUCGGCAGUGGUAGCACAUGUUUCUGCAGCUCUACAUCUAGCUGCCCAUCUGUCUGGCGCUUACACUCAUCUGGGGCUGGACAUCGGGGUGCAUUUGUCUGCAGCAGCUGCACAUCGGGUGUCUCUGACUACAAUGCCACACCUGUCUGCGGUGGAUGCACAUCUGUGCGCAGCUUCACAUCUCUCAGCUGUGAGUAAAGCUGCUGGCAGGUUGUCUUGUUUCACUCUCUGACUUGGCUGCUUUUCCACCAAAUGUAUGAGUCUACUGUUGGAGGGUGCUUAAGCAUGAAACAAGAAUAUUUUUGGUUUAUCAUCUCCAUAGAUGAUAAAAUGUGUUUGAAUUGUUCAGAUGAUGUGUGGACACUGUCAGAGGACAUAGUUUAUUGAAAUUCAUCCUGUUGCAGAGCCUCAGAUCACCAGCUGAUGAAGUGUUUAGGUUUUAUGCUCUGCUCUGUCUUUAGGUUUGUUGGUGAAAUGUUUCUGCUGGGUAAAUCUGACAUAAAGAAUGUUUCUGUGUUGGUUAAGAUGUAUUAAAUAUAACUGUAAUAAACUGA